GCCAGGCCAGGCCGGCCCGAGGCGAGGGCCCCGCCGCGACCGGCCCUCAGCGCCCCCGGCACGGCGGGGAGGGGGGGGGACACGGGCAGGGCAGGGCAGGGCAUCGCCCGCCCCUCGGGCAAAGCCGGUUUUAGCCGCUUCCCCUUGCCCCCCCCCCCCCCCCCCCGCCUUUUAUUUACUUUUAAUUUUUUUUCGACAGUUGAGCUAAAUGAUUAAAUGUGCAGGAUAUAGUCAGUCUAAAUAGCCUUGUAGUUUCCGGUUGCCUGCCUUACACGUAAAUUGCUCAAAGUUUAUGUAUAAAGAUGCCAUGUGCAAUUAGGGCUGGGCUGCAGUGAGAUUUUCAGCAGGAGCUGAAAGUCUGUGCUGGGAAGAAUUGAAAGCACGAAUGCUAAAAAGUAUCGAGGACAAUUUUCUAUUUAUUUUCGUUAGGAUUUGACUAUGGCAGUGCAGUUCCUGCGGAAGGCAUCUGUGUGGUUAAAGAAGCGCAAGAUCACUUUGUUGGCUGCUUCUUGCGUGGGACUGUUUGGCGCUGACCUUUCCUAUCAUGUGUUUCCUGAGCAGACAUUCAAACUGUUGCAUGAGUGCUGGUCAGAGGGGCGGCCAGCUGAGCUUUCACAGAGGCUUCAUGGUGUCUUUCAGGAUGUCCUUCAAGAUACUGAUGUGAAGUCCACUGACUCUUAUCGAGCCUUUGCAGCUUCUGGCUUCCACCCUGUGAGUGCUGGAAUCCCCUGGCUGCCUGCAGGCUCGUUGGUGGGCAUCCCACCUAACUUCGAUAGCACAGCUGAGAAUAAAGAAGGAAUAGUUGACCAUGUUGUUGUGAUCAAUGGCAAGGAAGUAGACUGGGAGAGCAAUGAAGGUGUUGCUUUGAAGGAAGCUCUGACAUUUUCCCUUAAAGCUCAGAAGUUUGCCAUUGCCAGAGAAGUUGUGUAUUUGCAGAACGGCAGCCCUUUAGCCAGUGCAGUUGUGGCUCCAGCUUGCUUAGCUGGUACUUUUCUCUGUGGGAGAGGUAUAAAGCUACUCCUGGGUUUAUCUCGUGGCCCCAUGAUACUUCGCAGCAUCUGUAACCUCAUAACUGCCGGUGGUGGACUAAUGUGCUAUUACGUUUCUUAUGACGCUAUGACCUAUCACCUAGACUGCAAGGCUGACAGAAUGGCAGCUACUGUUUCCAAAGACUACACCAGAGGUGGGAUUGAAUUUUAUGAUAAAAUCUUGUCCCGCAACAGGAUUCUUCGUGGUCUGAUGGGCAAAGAGGGGACAAAAAUGUAUGCCCCGAGUGGUAACCUUUUCCCAAGGCACUGGUUCAGAAUAAAGUAUACCCCAUACACUUACCGAAGAGAUUUGAUCAUUAAUAUUUUAAGAGAGCUCCAGGCAUAGGAAGGGAGUGCUUGAAUUUCUUGAAUUUUUAACUCAUGAAUUAUGUAUUCUCUUGGAACACUGCUGUGCUGCUUUUUUUUUUUUUUUUUUCUUUCUCUGUGUCUUCAUUAGAACUUCAGGGUUUAUUUUUGCAUAUACUUCGGAAGGAGUUAUUGCACAUUCUGUGAAUAAAGAAUCCUCUCUUAAAAUAUUAAA